AUGGAGGGAGAUCCAGAGGAAUCAGAUGAGGAUCUUCAAGAAUCUGCUGUGCUGUGGGAGAAGUGCAUCCAGCAGAGCAUCUUUGUCGACCUAAGUGAGGAUGAAAGUAUCCACCUCAGUGAUUUGGAGAAUUCUUUAGCUUUACAUCUCUCCCAGGCAGAGUCUGCUGCCUCAGAGGCCAGCAUCCAUCUCAGUGGGAGCUCAGAGCUGUCAGCCUUGGAUGACACCUCCUCAGAGUCCAGUACUGUGAGCAGUCAAAGUGAGAGGGUGGUAGAGAACAAGACCAAGAGCAGCGUGUUGUGUGUGUCUGCCCAAAGACCAAACACCAUGCAACAUGAGCCACCCUUAAAGCGGGGGUAUGAGGACCCAGGGCAAAAUACCAGUGACGAGGACCAGGAGGACCUACCUUAUGAUGGCGACCUUGGAAGCCUCUACUUCAACCAGACUGCUAGCUCUGAAGGCAACAUGAGCUUGGAUGGAAGAAAAACUGUUCAUGCAAGUCCUGAUGUUCCUGGUCUGCUUGAAUUGACAAAAACAGAUAAAGAUGGUACCUGUGAACGUUUGGUUUCUGUUAAGCACAAUGCUGAGAAACGAGCACUUUUGCUGCAAGAGGAUGCCAACACCAAACAGAACAACUUUUUUGAUGCUUCUAAGCCAAGCGAGGUUGCCCCAUUGUGUCCUCGUUCGACAGACAUUAACCAGCUGUUGCUGCGACACUUUUCCCAGGAAGAGCUGCUGCGGCCAGGCAGGCUGAUUGAGGCAGAGACCCUACCGGAAGUGUCCCUACUGGAGAGCAUGGAUGACACUGUUUUGAGAUGGGCUCCAACAGACAACAGCACAACAAUUAAUAUCAACCACUCAGAGAAGCCUGCUUGUAAAUCUGAGAUGAAUCGGAAUUUCUUCUCUGGCUGGACUGAUGAAAAGAGUCAUGCUGCAUCAAAAAAUUCAAGUGUAGAGGAAGAGGCUGAAAGGGAAAUACAUAAUGUCGCCUCUGCUGUUGAGAGUAAUGCAUCUAGCUGUGCAAGUAUAGUUUCAAACCAGAGCAGUAGGGAAAACGGCAGCGUAGAUCUAGUGAAGCAGGACAAGUCUGAAGAGGAUGAUCAGGUACAGAGAGUCCCACUUGUGCGCACCAGGUCUUUCAGUGAGAUGAAGUAUGGUCAAGGCCAAGUCCAUUACCCCCUCCCUGACUUCUCAAAGGUUGCCCCUAAGGUAAAAAUCCCCAAAGCUCCAAAUGGACCUACCAGACCCGUUCCUCAGAACCCCAGCACCAUGCACAAAGCCCAGUCCUCUCCAGGAAUAUUAGAGGUGAUCACCAGAGUCCUGGAGGAUUCAGUCCAACCAGCAGAGAAGUCUUAUGUCUUCAAAGAUGAGGAGAAGCAGACUCCUCCUGCACUGGUGCAUCAUCUGCAGGCUGAAUAUGAUAAAUUAUUAACCAAAUAUGCUGAGGCAGAGAACCUAAUUGAUCAAAUGAGACUAGGAACCAAUCCUUCCUCAGACCUAAUACUUUAUUCAGAGUGUGAUGAUGAUCAUCAGAGAAACUUAGCUGAGGGAAGCCAUCUUGGAUCCUUGGCUCCUCAUCUUCCCCCAUCAGAAAACUUUAGUGAAAAAAGAGGAUCAGCCCCCAAGAGCAUUAUUAAGGAGGAGGUGAACACAGCUUCCUCCAGCCAGCCUGGGGAGGGUCCCAGUGAUGGGGAAAGAAUGACAGCUGAGCUGAGCGACAUCAUCAGCCCUUUCAUGCAGAAGGUUGAAGAAUUUAAAGUGAGUGUAAGCAACAUGUCAGUAAGCACAGCAGAACAGCAAAUGAUAUUGAGGAGCAUGAUGGAGGCUCAGGACCAGCUGGAGAGGAAAUACAUCAGCAAGAAGGAGGAGCACAGGGCCCUGGAGAUGCAGAACUACAUGGGUCUGUCCAGGAACACUGGCACCUUUGACUCAAACAGGCUGGUGGAGGGAGACAUAUUCAGGAUAGGGAUGCACCUUGAAGACAUAAAGGAGAUGAUAGACAAAAACGUGUAUGAGCAGAUUUCUCCACCCCACUCAUCCUCUACUCCCACGCCCAUGAAUGAGAGUCUACAUGUGAGGCCCAGUCCUCUCUGCAUGCCCACAGCCUUACCUCCACCAUCCCUGCAUGAGGGUCCAUGUGCAGGUUUUUCCACUGUGAGUUGUAAGAUGCAGAUACAGAAAGAGGAAGAAGAAGAAGAGGAAGUUGAGGAGGCCAUUGAAAUGCAUGGAGAUGGCGGAUUGGAGCAAAGCAGAGAGCUCAUAACCACUGACUCUGUACCAAAAAAUACUGGAUAUAACACCUGCCAUUCACGCUCACAGGGUUCUCUGGAGAGACUAGCCAUCCUGACAGCUGAGGACGAGGAGGAGAGCAUCUCUGUCUUGUCAGAGGGGAUAGAUCAUAGCAACAUCUUAGCUUAUCUGAGUGGAACCUGCUCAACCUCAAGACGGAGGGAGUCACCUGAAAGUCGUAGCACCCUUGAUAGUGUCCUUGUACCAGAGGGCGAAUGCGAUCUGGUUGACUGUGUGAGUCUGGCUGUGGAGGUCUCCUCUUCCUUUGAUGAACCCAAAGACUCAGAUACCCACAGCCUCUCUGAGCCUCCUCUCAACACCCCAUGUGCCUCACAGAGGAUUGUGAGCCCAGAGACAGACAGUGGAUUUGGGAGCUCUUACUUGAAUCAAUCAGCCUCUGGACCAUUUCAACCGACUCUGCUCACAGACAGUCUACCAUCCCAUAAUGAUGGUUUAAGUGGCUCAGACAGUGAGGGCUCCUGCUCCAACCUGCAGACAGCCUUCCAUUCAGCCUCACUGAACAGCCAGCGGUGGGCCAGCCCCCACCCAUCUGUUCAAACAGAGCCCUGUGGUGCAGCAGCUGCAGUGGAUCUGUGGGUUGAGAGAACCACUAAAGAGCCUUCAAUCAGGCUACAGGGAUCUGAUCCCAGCCUGCCUGCACAGCCCCAUCACCACGUUUCUGAGCCAGCACUCAGCACCACCAUGGAUACAGAGGAGAGAGGCAGCCAAUUGUAUCCCUGCUCUUGUAAUAGUGAGGCUAUCCUGGCCUUGCAGUCAGAGGUGUCCAGGCUGAAGAAGGACCUGGAGGAGGGCUUAGUCCAGCUGCCUCACUUAGCACAGAGGAUGGACUAUCUAACCUCCAAAUACAGACAGGAUCGUCAGGAGCGCAGGUCUAAAACCAGACCCAGGACCUACCUAAGACCAGCCUGUAACAGUCCAGCAAGAAUAGAGGAUUGGAUUUCUUCAGACAUGGACCCCAGCAAGAGCAAAGGUACAGAAAGUGGUGAUACAGCAGGUUCUGAGAUCAUGUCGCAGUUCCACAAUUCACCUAUAGGGAGCAGAAGAGGCAGCAGUGCACACUCUGGACCUGAGUUUCAAUUCAAACUGCAGGGGACACUGCAGUCCAACAGAGGGACGGAAGGAACCUGCUCAGUGAAAACUUCUGCCUUGACCAGCUCCAUUUUAAAAGGAAGGGGAGCUUCUGACAGCCAUGCCAAUCAUGUACCUACUGUAGUAUGUCUCACAUCAGCAGCCACCAUGGAGAGGUGGUCUCUCCUGUCUUCUCCAUCUCUCCAGAAGCCACUCCUCCAGGUCAGCUACAGCUCUUCCUGCAGCCUACCUGCCAGCUAUAAAGUGAGGGAGCCGCCGCUGCACUCCGCGUCCUAUCAAAGGAAACGAUCCACCCAGUCAGACACAGCACUUCUGCCCAGCAAUGUGUACUUUCAGCAGACACUGUCUCCUGUCACAGCGCCCUCAAAGACUGUCAGCAGGACAGGCAGACGCAGAGGGAGCAAGGAGGAAGAAAUGAACAGGACUCUGGAUCAGGCUAUUGAAGUGGCCUACAGCAUGAAGCGGACCACCGACCACAUGGCCAAGAGACUGUCAGCUGACCUGGCCAAAGCUCAGCUCCACAGGAAACUGCACAACACGCAGCCACUGGGGGGCAGAAAACACCAGGCAUUAUAACACCCAGGGUACACAUACAUACAUAUCAGUCAUCAACAAUCUGCCAAUCCCUGUGAUAAAUGAUGCCUAAUAUAUCUUUGUCAGAGGGAAUAUCUCUGAUUUUGUAGUUAUUUACAGACCUGUUUGUGUGAAGUUAUUGCUUUUGUACAUUAUUGUAUUUUUAUAAUAGGCAGUAAAGCCUGAAAUCACCUGAUAACAUUGUAAAAAUAAAAUGU